AUGGCCAGACUGUUUUCCUUGAUCCUGGGCGGUGGGCGAUUGAAGAACAUAUCGAUAGAGGGUGUAGGAGCGUCACCUGUCAACGUCACUGGUCUUGGGCCAACCCUCUUACAGAAACUCCCUACCACCGUCAACCAAUUCGUGGUCCGAAACACUCUGCUGUCGUCACCAAUGAUUGUCGCUCGAUUACCCGCUCUCGAUGUGUUAGGGAUGGAACGGGCCUUGUUCGACACUUUCCCCUCGGAUGAGGCCGAAGCCUCUGUAGCGCAUGCAACACGAACUGAAUCCAUUCACUUGCGUCCCAGGGUGUUACUCUAUUCGAAGACGGCGGGUUUCCCGAACACCUCCUUCGGUCGUCCUUCCACACCGCUUCCACAUUGUGUCAGUCUUGACCGAGUAGAGGAAGCACACCUCCGAACAGAACACGCCGACGACUUCUCGGUCCUAACGGCGUUGGAAGAUGCAGAGGGAACCGGAAUACAUAGCUUGGAACUUCAAUUAGAUGGUCUCUCGAAACUAGCGCAACGGUUCGAUCUCCAGACCCUGUGGAAGAGUGUGGCUUGGUCCUUCCCUUCGUUGAAAUUUUUGACGUUGAAGUUGGUGCACACCCCAACGCCCUUGACGGGUCAUCCUUGGAAGGCAGUGUGCAUUUGCCUUAAUUCUCUAAAAGCAGAUGGCCUUAACACAUUGACGGUUACUUUGGAAUACGGAGGCACCAGUCGAUUGGAUUUUCUACGCCUUCUUAUGAAGUUUUGGGAUUGGUAUGAUCUCGACACGGCCUUGGCACGGUUCGCAUCGCGAUGUUCUUCGAUGAUGAACAUCUACCUGGAGUUCCCGAGAUGGGGGAUGGUGACACAGAAUCCAUGGAGGUUCGAGGAGCAGGAGAUGGCGGGAUGGAUACUCUUGGACAUAGGGAUAAACAUGAAUCUGGGAUCUAUAGAGUUUGGGAGACUCUCCGACGAUCAAAUGCAAGUUCUGUUGCCAAGGUCAUACGCCGUGGCGAAUGUGAACGUGUUAUGGUUGUAG